AUGACCGAGGUGUAUUUUAGGUACCAUGGAAACCUCACGGGCCGGGCCCAUUUCCCCACGCGGGCGGCCGAAGCGGACGCUGCCUCGGAUAAGUAUGCUAACAUGUACGUGUACAUGGGCUUGUUCCUGAGCCUCCUGGCCAUCCUCCUCAUCCUGCUCUUCACCAUGCUGCUCCGCCUCAAGCACGUCAUCUCCCCCAUGACGACCGAGAGCACGGAGAACGUCCCCCAGUUCACCAAUGUCGAGAUGCAAAGAGGGAUCCCCACCCCUUAG